GACACUGAAGAAGGGGCUCUUACCUUUGCACCGCCGGUCCAGCAGGGGGCGGUAGUGGCUCACAUUGAACCCUCAGCGUGGCUCAGGCUCAUGUCCGUGUUUACAAGUGAAGCGUGACGUUCACGGACUGGCCGGACUACGUCUCCUGGCGCAAAUAAAAGCUGUUAAUCUCCCUAAGAAACGCGCAGCAUGCAUUCACUGAAAGCCUUCCUCAACGAGAGGCUGACAGCGGCGGCGGAGGAGAUCUUUGGAGCUGUUGAAAAGACAAUAGCUGACUACAAAGAGGAGAUUUCUCGUUCAAAAGAUUUGGAAAUCAGUCGCCUCAGGAUGCAGCUGAAGCUUCUCAAGUCAGAGCCCCGGUUGGAUAGAUGCCUUGGAGCCCAGCUGCAGCAGCACACCCAUCACCACCACCAUCUCCAUCCUCCUCCUCCUCCUCCUCCUCCCCCCCCUCAGCAGCAGCAGCUCCAUCAGUCAAUCCCUGCAGUGGAGGCUCCUGAGUCCCAGCACUGUGAGGAGGAUGGGGGCAGCAGCAUGGAGCAGGAGCACCCAGAGCCCUCACAGGUGAAGAAGGAGCAGCAGAGGAGCCACAGGGACUUCUGGAUGGGUCACGACGCAGAGCAGCUCGAGAGCCUCGAAUCAGACAUCAAAGACUUCAUCUCGUCUCCUUCCAGUCUGAGAGGCGGCCUGCAGGACCCCACCUUACCCUUCCACCCAAACCACCACAACGCCAACAACAACAACAACAACGAGGAGAGCAAAGAGAAACCCUACUGCUGCUCUGUUUGUGAGAAGCGGUUCAGCAACUGCUCCCACCUCGCCGCUCACAUCAGGACACACACAGGGGAAAGACCUUACAGAUGUGAGAUAUGCAGAAAGAGUUUUAUCACAACCAGCGCUCUGAACAGACACCAGACGAUCCACACAGAAGGGAAGCACUUUGUGUGUAAUUACUGUGGGAAAUCCUUCAAAUGGAUGGAGUCUCUUGGCCGGCACAUGAGGAGUGUGCACAAGAGAGAGAAUCUGCCCGUAUGACUGUCAUUGAACUGACACUGCCAAUAGAAUUAUGUUGUUGCUGUAUGUUAGUCCUCUAUAAUUAAAGUGUAAAGCAUCCAGUAGGUGCCAACACUGAAUGUAAGGUCUGUUUUUCUGUCUUCACUUGUGUUGGUAAUCGUGACCUCAUCGAGCCCUUGUGUGCAUAAACACUGGCUGCAGUAAGUUAUGUGUAAAAAUACAACCACAGAUACACCGUUUUAUAAAGAAAUUAAGGUAAAUGUACUCUUUCUGAAUAAAAUUAUAAUAUUCUA